CUAUUCAGAAUCAAGAACUGUGAAGCAGUGUUUGAUUAGUUUACCGCGCUAUUGGAAUAUAGUGAGCUACACUGCGGAUGUCGGGCAGACAUGAAAAAGAUAGAAAAAUUCCUGUAGAUGAUGAGGGUAUCCUUAAUUGUGUGACAGAAUAUGCAAACGUUAACAGUAAAUCUCGGCAGUUCGUUCGGUCCCAAGUUAUACCGGAUGAUCAGUCACAAUUAUGUACUCAAUAUCCGUUGUGUCUCCAAAAUUCCCGCGUUCUGAAUAACGAUUGCGGUGAUACGUGUAUGACUAGAAAUAUUGACUCUAAAAGGCAUGGAGAGUCUGCAAGCGAAGAUCCAUCGAAGUCUUUUGUCUUCUCAAACAUGUCACAAUUUGGAAAUAAACAAAUAUUUGGAGAUGAUUUUCGGACUUCACAUUCGGUUAAACGUCCUUAUGAAUCAUUCUGUUUAGUUUCAAACUCUUCUGCAAAGCGAAAUUGCUGUACUGUUGGGCAAGAUGAAUGUGAAGAACAGUCUCAUGAACCAUCGACAUCAAAUAAUCAAUUUGACAGCCUAGGUUCUCGUGGUUUCGAUUUAUCUUUGGAAACCAGAACUACAGCUCGAAGGUCAGAAAAUCAUUCUUUACCUUUGGCUCACAAUUUAACCUAUGAAAUCGGAGUAAUAAAUGAAGUCUCGGAUGUUGCGCUAAAACUAGCAGAGAAUAAAUACCGGUCUGAGCGUAAAUCGCCUCCUUAUUGUGUAGCUCAUUCAUUCACGAUGGCUGAAAUGGAACAAGCUAAAAAGUUAGAAAAGGACGAAAAUCUUAUUCCGUUUUUUUCCCCCCUCAGUAAAUCUCGGGCUCCUUCUUCGGCAGUUUCACCAGAAUCUUCAUAUGGCAACUCUGUAGUUUCAAUUUCAAAACGGAAUAGCAUUUUUAUUGGUUCCGCUGCACAACGUUCCCGUGAUGUUAACAGGGACAGUUGUUUUAUUCAAGAAGCUGUUGAUAGCUCUGGUAUUUAUAUACCUGGAGUAGAUCUACUGAUAGACGACUCUGAAUGUGAGCCCAUCGAUCUUAUAUCUAGGUUCAGCAGAACUCCAAUUUCUUCACCCAAAAUAGUUGACCCCGGUAGCACGAUAUCAUGUGCUCUUGCUGGACCUCUCUCUUCGUCUCAUAUCUUCAACCAGCUAGAUUCCAAUGUCGCACAAAGACGUACAUCUUCGGCUGCUACAUCAUCGCUGAGUGCUGUUUCUGCCGGAAUGGAACUGAGUAAGGCUACGAAGGAACGUUGCGCACAGCUAAGGCAACGUCGGCGAGCACAACCAACUGAAAGACAACCAUUACCUGCUUUGCAUCUGCACCUAUCAAAAGAUGGUACAAGUCCCCUGCCUCCAGGGUGGCAAAGAGCACCAAAUACUAGGCGUUCGACAGAAGGCCAAGAUCUAGGGGAUAGUUCUGGCACAUAUGCUUAUUAUUAUUACCAUGUCCGAACUCGUCAAACUAGGUGGGAUCCACCUGUAUAUCCAUGGGACGCCGAUCCUACGGAUACUCUUCUUGGUGAAACCGGAGAGGAUGACCCGGAAGCUCCUUACAAUUGGGGAUGUGCGUCGCGAUUCGCUGUCACACACGAAGAAAUUGAAGCUAUGUAUAAUCGCGUGCGUCAACGAAUAUUGGAACGUCAGUGCAUUGAUCUUCUGCAUGAAUUGGCAGGCAGACCAGAUGCUCCUCAGGAUGUAACUGAACAAGGCUUUGCCAUGGAAUUAUUCACUUUGGUCCACAAUACGUUACGUGGCUUUCGUGAUGCUCGAUGUAAACUUGGUCGUAUUGUUAACGAUGAAGAUUUAUACUACUUAACAAAAAAGCUUGCUCAGGCCGUAAUCCUAAAAGAAAUACAGAAGUUUCAUCAAGCCCAGGCAGCGAACACUUCUUUAUUUUCAACUGUUCUUACUCCUGAACUUCCUUCGACAGUGCGAUCAAGAGUUGCCACUUAUGUUAGGCGAUACAUGGAGUCUAAGGGAGCAUUCUAUCGUCGCCGAGUUCAGCUAAUACCUGCAACAGGUAUUUCUCGUCCGGAACAGGCAGCUCAUCUAAAACCAGACCCUGCUAUUUUUAAGCCAUCUGUCAACAGUAGCAUGCGUUCUCGACCUGUAACGCAUCCUCAGAAUUUCAGCAAUGUAUCUCACCAUACAAAUUAUGUGGACAAUGCUUUUUCGCAAUCUGCUCCUCCCAUUAAUACUACUGCAGUUAUUCCAGCGCGCCGCUAACAACUCUAAAGUAUUGCUUCCGUCAAUAAUAUCUGUAAUUGUAUAUUCUUAGAGGGUUCCUUUAUUCAAGUUGCUAUUUUGGAUUUUUAUCCACUUGUUGCUUUAUAGUUAAUUUCCCUAUCAUAGUGGUCAAGUCUAAGACAGGUGUUAGCACCGCAUAUUUUAUCGUCCUGCCCUACAUGAAAGUGGUUAUGUCGGAUACUCGACAACUAGCUUGCGCUUUAAAUAUGGAAAUUAUUAAUUUUUAUUUAAGUCUUUUGUAAAUAAACUUACAAACUGAUUCCUUUGCAAGCUCUUUAAUGUUAUUUUUUUCCCAAGUCUAUGUCCGUAUGUUGUUAUUGCCCAGUAAUCUCAUCAAGUAUGCAAUUUUCCUGUUUUCUAACUUUUGCAUGUAUUUAAUAAAAAAUGCAACGGCAGGUGUGAUACAGGUGUUAAUAUGAGAUUUGUACUAUUGAUUUGUAAUAAAAUUGUAAUGAGAAUCUA